AUGCAGAGCAUGGAGAAUCUCCUUUUCAUGUCAGCAUCAACCUUGGAGAAGUCUGAUGAUAUUAUUGGCUUAUCUAGUUUAAAGUCUACAGAGAAGAGUCCAGAUCAACAUUCUGCCCAUAGUAAAUCACCAAUAGAAGAAAAGGAUGGGUUAGUUCUUCAGAAAGAGGUUUUAGAAGCAUUGUUUCAUGUUCCUGAAAGAUCUGAGGAAGCACCUAAAAGAAGUCACCCGGUGAGGGAAGUGAAGAGAUAUAAGGCAUUUAGAAAAUUUGCGGUUGAACCUUUUAGAGACACUCUUGUAGAAUGUAAAACUGCUACUCUGGCACCAGAAGAAGUAACCAGUGCAGAAGAUGGAGAUGGUGACAAUAGCUAUCAGGUCCUACGUAGAUCUGUAAAAGAACAUUGGAUUACAAUGAAGGAAUACUAUAAAGCUGCUUUUGAUGCAUUUUGUGAGGGUGAUCAAGUACGUACAGACAAACUUCUAGAGGAGGGACACUUCUAUAGCAGAAAGGCACAGGAAGCAGACGAGAAAUACGCUCAAAAGCUUCUUGAAGCUCAGAGUAGAGAAGAUGUGGUGUCUCUUGACUUGCAUCACCAUGAACCCAAGGAAGCUGUACGUCUUCUAAGGCUUCAACUAACCUAUUUCUCUGGCAUCCCAGAUUUUAAGUACCUUAAGGUCAUAGUGGGAACGAAUGACACGACGGGAGCUGCCCGGAGACGACUGAUUAUAAAGCAACUGGAGAAGGAAUCAAUCAAGUGGACAGAGGAGGAGAAUGCUCGAACAAUAUGGAUCCGACUGGAUGUAAUUGACCCAAAACGCUUGAGCUUCUCAAGAAAAAUGAGUGAAAGAAACAAGAGCUCACCUUAA